AUGGUCAGAAAUUCCAAGCGUCAAGGUGAGGUUGAUCUGGCUGGACUCUCGCUCACCGUGGAGCGCUUUGCCAUCGGGGACUGUGGGCUCGUGUUCAAGGGCGCCUCUUCUGUCCCAAGCCCGCCCUGCUUCCCUCCUCCCGCCCGCCUCCAACUCAGCUACAGCUCUGCUGAAAAUCGCCGCCACGACCUUGCUUCCCUGCGGGUCCGCAGCGGCGCGGACGGCGCCAGCGCCGGGGCGCACGGGGAGCCACCUGUUGACGCAGCCGUGGGCGAUGCAGGCGGUCAAUUAUUAACCGGCCUAGGGCCGGCACCAGGAAACCCGAGCCGGCGGCGAAAGCGGAGCGGGGCCCGACGGCGGCGGGAGGCUCCGGGCACAGCGCUCCCGCCCGCAGCCCGCAGCCCGCCGCCGGCUCGCGCCAUGGAGGCAGGAGCGGACACGAAAGGGAAAGGGGGCGGCGACCCCGAGGACCCCCGGAGCCCCGCGCACCCCGAGCUCCCGCAGCUCCCGCGCCGCCCGCAGCUCCUGGAUGAGGAUGGAGGGCCCAGCGACGAAGCGGCCGCCGACGGGGAGGAACCCCCGGCCGCCCCGCAGGCUGAGGCCUCGGCAGCUCCCUCCACCCAGGCCCAGGCCGAGGGCGAGGCCAGGCAGGGGCCCAAGGUGGCGGCCGGCGGGGUUCCCAACAUCGGCUUCGUGGGCGAGCCGCCGCCCUACGCGCCACCCGACCCCAAGGCCGUGCACCUGCUCUACCCGCCCUUCCCGCAGGCGCCCGUGCUCUUCCAGCCCGCGCCCGCGCCCCAGGCCCUGUACCCGCCGCCCGCGCCGCUCUACCCCGCCGCCGGCCCGCAGCCGCUCUUCGCGCCCUUCCCGGUGUACAACAGCCCCGUGGCGGGCGGGCCGGUCCCCGCCGGGGUGGAGCACCGGCCCCCACCCAAGGACUACAUCAUGGAGUCUGUGCUGGUGACUCUCUUCUGCUGCCUGCUCACCGGGCUCAUUGCCAUCGUCUACUCCCACGAGACUCGCGCGGCCCUGAGCAGGGGCGACCUGGCGCAGGCGGAGGAGGCCUCACGCAAGGCUCGCUCGCUCGUGCUCUUCAGCCUGCUCUUCGGGGUCUUUGUGUCCACCAGCUGGGUCAUCUACGUGGUGGUGGCACUCUACCUCCCCUGAGGGCUGGGGGCUCCUCCAGGGACGCCUGACCCAGCCAGACGCUUCCUGCGGACUUUGAUCCCUGCCGGUGGCCCUCUGUCAACUGUAGAAGGGACCCGGGGCCAGAAGAAGGUGGGCUUUGCAGCCCUCGGCGCAUGUGGCUGGGCCUCCGCCCCUGUAGGUGGCCCCAGGCAGAGUCCUAAUGGGAGGUGGCCCCAGGGCUCAGGCCCAGCUGUGGGAUGGCGGCCCCCUGGAGCCCCAUUUCCCCACUGCCUCCUCCUCUGGGUCUUUCCCCAUGGUCCUCGCCUUCACCUAACACCCCUGGGAGCCCACUGGAGGGACCAGAGCCCUCACUGUCCCCAGAGCCGUCUGGAAGGACACUGCCACCUCCAGCGUGCCCCACCUCUGGCCCAGCCCUGUGACUGCAGGGCAGAGCAGCCGGUAUCUCUCUCUCCCUAGGGGAAGUUGGGAGCAGUGGCCUCCUCUCCCCCUGGUAGCUCCUGGCUGGAUGUUCUGCACCCAGCCCCAUCCAGGAGGCAGGGCUCAUGCUGACCCCACAUCCAGAGACCGAGGCCACUAUGUCUGGUCAAUACACAAAAGCCUGUACCCUGGGCAGAGCUUCACGUUGCUGCUGCGGGGCCACUGCUACUUCCUGGCUCCCUGUCAGGGUGAGCGGUAAACAUCUGUCCACAGCUGGGCCCUGGGGCUCCCACACUGGCCCCUCUGGGAUGCUCUUUGCACAUGGGCAGCCCGGCGAGGGCCUGUUUGUUGCCCACACAGUGCAGCACGGUGCCUGGCUUCUGGUGAGCACUCGGGCUGGGCUGGGGGGCGCUGAUGGCGGAUUUCUGCAGGGCCUCCCACGGCCAAAGGUGAUGGGACAGCAGGGACUGGGGUCUUACCAUGAGCAUCGGGACAGCCAGGCACCUCCCCGGCAGCAGAGAGGGGAUCCGUUAUUGGACAUUUUCCUGGGGAGGUGGUCCAGACCUCUACCAGAUUCCUGAAGGCGCCUGCGACUCAACAAGAUUAAAAACCAUCUAUACAGAGAGGAGGAAGGGGCCCCUGGCUAAGCCAUACAAGGUGGACAGCUCAAGUUUAAUUGGGGGCUUUCUGCAACCCCACUGUGCGCUGCUCACAGCCCUGGGCCCGGCACUGGAGCUGAAGCAGAAAUCCCAUCUCAGCCCUUGAGAUGCUCCGGGAGCUGGAGGCGCUGGACGAGGGAGUCAGUGAGGAGCGAAACGCUUGGAGAGUGAGAGGUGGCCUCAUGUUCUAGGACACUCUGCUGGUCCAGAAUUAGGAUCUCAAACGCUCAAAUGCAUGACAGCCACAAAGUAGGAGGAGGAAACCAUCUUCUGGGGAUCGACAGAUGCCAAAAGGUGUUUGGCGGAGUCCAGCAGCCACAGCUGUGCUUACUAAACACUUAAGUAAAAUCAGAAUAGAAAGAAAUCAUUUCGACCAGUGCUCCUCCAACUGUAAGGGAUAUGAAAGAGCUGGGAGAUCCUGUGAAAAUGCAGAUUCUGAUUCAGUGAGUCGGACCCGAGAUGCUGCGUUGCUAAUGAGCUCCCAAGUGAUGCUGAAGCUGGUCCAUGAACCAACAGCAAAUGGCACAUUAAGCAGGAAAUGACUCAAACCAUUAAGAACCAUUAUAACCAGGACCAAGCCCUGUGACGCUCCCCAGCGUCUCUGUGAUUCAGCAUUGUUUCAACGGUCUAGCUAAUGUAAAAAACAAGGUGGUAUUUGUAGCAUAAAAACUAGAAGAGACAAAAUGAUUCUCCAGCUAGAAUAUCCAAGAGUCAGUGACAAAAUCAGAAUAAGAGAACUCAAUAAAAGUUGUUGGCUAGGAAAUACACAAUAGUCAAUGAGACUAAUCAAUUAAAAAUGGAAAAAAAUUAAAAAUUCCACUCAUAAUACUGAUAAAAACAGUAAAAUCUAGGAAUAAAUUUAAUGAGAAAGAUCUGGAUCCAAAUGAAGAAAACAAUUUUUUUAAAUUACCAAAAGAAAAAAAAAUCUGAACAAAAUAUCUGGAUAAGAAAAUGUAAUAUUGGGGCUGGC